CUCUACACAUGGCCACUGCAAGGACCUCACACUGAUGUUUUUAUCGACGAAUUUGACUCAUUUUCUACUGCUUUUGCGCUGCUAAAGUGGUCCAAAUGAAGGUUAAAGUUCUCUCGAGGAAUCCGGACGAUUAUGUCCGCGAGACCAAGCUGGACAUUCAGCGUGUCCCCAGGAACUAUGACCCAUCCCUUCAUCCGUUUGAGGUGAGCAGAGAGUACACACGGGCCCUGAACGCCACGAAGCUGGAGCGGGUGUUUGCCAAACCUUUCCUGGCCUCCCUGGAUGGUCACAGAGAUGGGGUGAACUGCAUGGCCAAGCACUGCAAGAGCCUCUCCACCCUGCUGUCUGCUGCCUGUGAUGGAGAGGUGAAAGUUUGGGACCUUACCAAGCAUGAAUGUGUGCGCACACUCCAAGCACAUGAAGGUUUUGUGCGGGGAAUGGUUGUUCGCUUCUGUGGAACUUCCUUCUUUACGGUUGGUGAUGAUAAAACAAUCAAGCAGUGGAAAAUGCAGGCACCGGCAUACGGAGAGGAGGAGGAGCCACUUAAUACCAUCCUGGGCAAGACUGUGUUCACAGGAUUGGAUCAUCACCAGAAGGAGGCUGUGUUUGCAACGUGCGGCCAGCAGGUGGACAUCUGGGACGAGCAGAGGAGCAGCCCGAUCCGCUCCUUCACCUGGGGUGUGGACAGCUUCAGCUCGGUCCGAUUCAACCCUGUGGAGACUGAACUUCUUGCCAGUUGUGCUUCUGACAGAAGUGUGGUGCUUUAUGACAUGAGAGAAUCCACACCACUCAGAAAGGUGAUCAUGAAAAUGAGAAGCAACACCGUGUGCUGGAACCCUAUGGAAGCAUAUUACUUCACUUCUGCCAAUGAAGACUAUAACCUCUACACGUACGACAUGAGGUACCUGACCAGUCCCGUCACCGUGCACAUGGACCACGUCUCUGCCGUGCUGGAUGUUGACUAUUCUCCCACCGGGACGGAGUUUGUGUCCGCCAGCUUCGACAAGACCAUCCGCAUCUUCCCCAAGAGUGCAGGACACAGCAGAGAGGUGUACCACACCAAGCGCAUGCAGCACGUCAUCUGCAUCAAGUGGUCAGCGGACAACCGGUACAUCCUGAGCGGCUCUGACGAAAUGAACAUCCGACUGUGGAAGGCCAACGCAGCCGAGAAACUGGGAGUGCUGUCCCCCAGAGAGAAGCAAGCCACCCACUACAGCCAGAAGCUGAAGGAGAAGUUCCAGCACCACCCGCAGAUCAGACGCAUCGCCCGUCACCGACAUCUCCCCAAGAACAUCUACCACCAGACCAAGGAGCUGAAGAUCAUGAAGGAGGCUCGCCGCAGAAAGGAGAUGAACGUCCGCAAGCACAGCAAGCCAGGAGCCGUCCGCGUGGUGUCCGAGAAGCAGAAGCACGUUGUCACGGUGGUGAAGUAGAAGAUAUCGGGAGACCUGCAGACUGCCGUCAAGCGACGCCUCAGAGACUUGAGCGACACUGACCUUGGAUACAAUCGGACCGCUCAGUCUGAAGGAUUUCAAAUAAAACUUGCCUGUCGUGGGAAGGAAAAGUGACCAAAUAUGCAUCGUUAGCAGUUCAAGGACAGACUGUAAAUAGUAACAGAACAACACAUUGACCUUCUGCCUUCUUGGAUAAAGAUCAGCUGUACUUUUCCUCUGUGUUGUGAAUGCAGGAGUCGCCUCACACACACACAUUUCUGACGUCAUUUCAGAGUUUGGUCCUGAAUUAAAAUCACACACCUCUGGUUGGUUCCAGCUUGCAUUGGUCUUUACAUGAACAAACUCAUCAAAUAAGACAAUACGGACUAAAGACAUUACACCAGUCAAAUAUUUAAUAUUUACUUCUCAAGUUCAUUUUUCCUCCUUUUAACUAAUGUGUAAAAAAACAAAAAAAAAGCUGCUGGAGUGAUUGUUGUGCUCUACUGUGUCUCUUUUACAGAAAACUAAUGG